AUGUACUUUGACGGAGCAUUCCAGUCCGAUAGAGGGGCUUCCAGAGUCGUGUUCCUAAUUCCUGAUGGUGGAAUGAUUCCUCUAUCCUUCUCACUCACAGAGGCAUUUUCUCGUAAUGAACUUGAAUAUCAAGCCCUCAUAAUCGGAUUGGAGAUCACCCAAGAGCUAGACCUAGAGCAGCUGAACAACUUCGACGACUUUGAGCUCGUCAUCUGGCAACUUAAGGGAAUUUACGAUGUAAGGAAGGAUACUCUCAAGCCUGAUAAUGACACGACCAAAUCUUAUAUGGCCCAGUUCGACGAUUUCUCUCUAAGUCAUAUCCCUAGUAGGCUAAACUCACAGGCCGAUGCACUCUCAAAGCUUGGAGUGCUACCAUUCAACUGUCUUCAUCAGGGCCCAUGCUUGUCUGGGUAA